AUGAAAAAUCGUUUAUACGAUUACAUCUGCAUUUUCGUCGUACUCGAGAUAUUGCAGUCGUCAAUUUGUUGUACGAAAAUUGUCAGUGAUACUCGCAGAACAAAACGGGAGAUAUCUGUUGCUGAAACGUCACAAUUAAAAGAAGAGGCCAACUAUGCAAAAGAAAUUAAUUUGCAGCAUGAAGAGAAAAGUAAUAAUGAUCUUGCAGAAGAUGGUACAUAUCAAGAUGAUACAGAUAAAAAACGCAAAAUUUCGAAGAAAGCUGCGAAUUUCAUGAGCUCCACUGACUUUCGUCCAUCAAACGCUGAAGAAUCUUUUAAACAUGACAAUGUAUCCAGCUAUUUUAACUCGAAUGGGGAUUUAGAAGAAACGAAAGAAGUGAAUGAAGAAGCGACAAAACGAGACCAUGAUAAAAAUGAAGAAGCAAGCAAUCUCAUCCGUUUACCUAGGAACGCAAAUGACGACUUCAACAGGUAUAUCGAUCAGGAUGAAAAAUCGAGUUUAUACGAUGAUUACGAGACGAAAGACAUCGCAAAGCGUGGUGUUCUAAGCGGCUCAGAGGAUUACGAGGAAAUGGAAGACGAUUUACCAGAAGUAGAAGCUAUGGCUGCAGUGCAAGAAUUAACAAAUGAAGCCGAAAAGAGAGAAACACAGAAGGAUGCUCGGGUGAAAAGAGACCAAGCGGAAACUUCAGAAAUGCUGGAUAAAUCCAGGUCAAAUCUAGACAAUCCAGCAAAGUUAGAAGAAUCAAAAAUUGCAGAAAACAAUCCUUACUCGCGCGAAGUUUCUCGUACCGAAUUGUUGAAAAGUUUUAACGAGGCACCCAACAUGGUCAAAGAUUUCGGAUCAAAGGACGCAAUCUCAAAGUUGAGCGGUUCCUCUAAAAUCGAAGAAUCAGCAAGCGCAGGUGCUCCGUCCAAGAAAGGCGAAUCAAAUGCAGAAUACGAGAAACGCGUGGAAGACGAAAUUCAACGGAAGAUUGAUUCGAUUAAGGAGGAGAUUAAACGAGAUAUUGAAGCGCAGCAACAAAUAGGAGACAUCGAGAAUAACAAUGCUAGAUUCGACGAGUUACAUGAUCAAGAGCACGAGGAUGAGGAGAGACAGAACUUUGAGAAUGAAUUAAUCAAGAAGCGCCAGACUAUAGCCAAGAGAUCUGUACAAGAGAUUGCUGAUGAUGCUAUCACUUCUAAUAAUAGUGAGAAGAAACGAGCUUCGAAAAAAGAACAGCAUAAAAAACGGCAACAUCGAUCUAGUAAGAUCAGUACAUUGGAUACCUCAGAGCAGAAUGAAAAUCUGAAAAGACAAGUCAUGACCGAUUACGACAAGUCUUCUGAGCAAGUUCCUUCGAAAGAGCUUUUCAAAAAGAAACGCGAGCGUGUCAGACAAAUUUUUUUGGUGAAUAACGAUCAGCAUCAGACAAAGAGAAGACAACUGAGAAGCUAUCCGUUACCAUCUGCUCAGGCAGUUGUCAAAGAUGAAUUAUUUAUGAAUCCCAAACUGAAUUCGUAUCUUCAUACGGACAAUAGAAUGCUUGAAAAAUUUUCGCCAGUUGACAGCAAAGAUGAAAAUAACGAAAAAGAACAGAGCCCUUCAGCAGAACAGUCAGAUUCUUCGGUAUCUCUUAUUGAAAGUUCACAGGAAUUGAGUCCACGUUUAGAAAAAGAAUACAAAGAGGCCUUUGGUGGGUUACAGAGUGAACCUGGCAACGCUCUAGCCAGAUUCAAGAGGGUCAAACGUGUGCUAACAAACGGUCCUAAUACAAUUUAA